AUGGAGCGGUCCACCACCACGCCCGAGGAACCGCUGAUUCCGGUCGUGCCGGCUUACGUGACUUGCGGAGCCUUGACGUUUUUGUGGCACUUGUUGAUUGCCUUUUUGCACCUCGUCGGCCUGGGUGGCAGCGAUCCCCGAAACUGGAGCGUCAAACGCCCCCGCAACGUUGUCCUCAGCCAGUCCUGUCGCUGCAUCUUUGCCCUCAUCUGGAAAAACUGGCUCAAGCCCGAUGAUGUCGUCCUCAUCUCCCCCUUCCACCACCACAGCUUUAUUCGCAUGAUGCGCUCCACCGGCAACAAGCUCGUUGUCAUGGACAUGGACGGCCAAAAGCUGCUUCCUCCCAAGGGCUACCAGGCCAAGGACUUUGCCGCCGUGGUCGUCACCCAGAUGCUCGGCCGCGACUACGACGCCGCCUGGCUCAAGGCCUGGCGCGCCGAGAACAAGGACCUCCUCAUCAUUGAGGAUCGCGUCCAGGGCGACCUCAUUAGCAAGGAGGACGAAACCUUUGCCGACAUCUCCCUCUACUCCCUUGGCCAAGACAAGAUUCCCAACGCCCUCGGUGGUGGCUACGGCGUCGUUCACAACAACCCCCGCCUGUACGACUUUUUGGUCCGCGAAAUUGAGAAGCUCCCCUUUGAAUCCGCCUGGGAACGCUUCUCCUUCAUCCUCAAAAAGCUCCCCACCCUGCUCAUCUACAACUCUCGCUUCGGCUGCUUCCUGGUCGAGCGUCUCCUCCGCCUCUUUGGCUACGGCCGUACCGCCGCCGUCGACAACUACCGCAAGCAAAAUCCCGGAUUCAUGCACGGUGGCUACUUUAUUCGCCCCUCUCCCGCCCUCAUCCGCUCCAUCGACAUUAUGGGCGACCUCUCCCGAUGGGAGGUCAUGCAAGAGCGUUGCAACGUUCAGUACAGCAAGUUCCUCGACCAGAUCCCCAAGCGCCACCUCGACAACGUCCGUGUCUGCGGGUCGGACAACUCGUGCUGCUACUUCUUCGUCAAGCUUCCCGACCUUGACGAGUCCCGCCAGCUCCUCGCCAACCGUGGUAUCAUGACCAUCAACAACCAGACCUUCCUUCCCGCCGAGGACAAGGUCGCCUACCACCUUGACAACAUGUGCACUCUCCCCACCUUCCUCACCCUCACCGACGAGGAGCUUGAUGCCAUCGCGCACGCCAUGACCGAGUGCUGGGAUCGCUUUGGCCACAAGGUGGCAAACCCCAAGGCUUGAGUCAUCGGACAGCCAAACACCUUUCCCUUGCUUCCGCGAGCCAUAGUUCGUCUGUCUGCUGACCGAUUGCCCCCCUUCCUUUUCCUUUUUUUUUUUUUUUGUGCUUCGUCGUUGAUGGUUUUUCAACUGCCACCCACCCGUGCAAUCUUCAGUUGUUAUGUCUGUUUGGUUGUCAUCCUCGGCCCUGAUAAACAGAAGAGUUGAGUCGAUUCCUUGCCAUCCCCUUGUCUUGGGCGAUGUGCCGUUGCGUUGUGUGUUGUGUUAGGGCCCAUCUGUGCCCGUCUUGUGUGUUCCGUCCUGACCCACCCGACCAUCCUUCUAGCCGAUCCGACACGGGUGUCUUGGGGCUCGGUCGUCGUGUUUGCUGGCCGUCCUUCUCCGCCCCAAAUCGAACUUUGUUUUGG